UGUCGGGCGAGGCCGAGAGCGCUCCGUCAGAUGAGCCUCCAGUCGCACUUGGGAUCCUUACAAGACAGAAGCUGCUGGACAUGGAGGCCCCAAAGGAUGUUAUGUCAGACUUGGAGAGUGGCAUGGCCACUAUUAUUCGUGUUUUCCAUCAAUACUCAGGCUACAAGUGCAAACUGAAGAAAGCAGAACUUAAGGCACUUAUCAACAAUGAGAUGAAUCAUUUCAUAAUGAAAAUUCACGAGAACGAGACUCUGGAUGAGCUCUUUGCUGAUCUUGACCAGAAUGGAGACCUGGAGAUUGACUUCAAAGAGUUUAUUGCCCUGAUUGCCAUGGUCACUUCAGCAUGCCAUGAAUUCUUCAAACCAAACCAUCAUGAUCAUUAGCAGCAUGUGCAACUUGUUUGAGGAACAAAAGGAACAGCAUGUUUUUUCCCCACUACAGUGUGACAGAGUGAUUACUGUCUAUAAAAGUAUCUGGAGAUUGUGACCAAUUUAAAUGGUGAAUUAUUGGUAAAUCUGCUGUUUAGUGUUUUGCUAAAUAAAACACCUGAAUGACGCCAUACACUGCCUGUCCCAAAAAAAAGUCAGACUCUUACAUACCACAUAUAGCUUUGAUUACAGCAUGCAUUUGUGGUGGGAUUGUUUUGAUAAGCUUCUGCAAUGUCACAACAUGUAUUUCCAUCCAAAGUUGCAUCAUUCUUUUGUAUGAUUCUUGUAUUGAUGGUGAGAGAUUCAGACUGCUGUGCAAAGUAUUUUUCAGCAUACCCCAAAGAAUCCCAGUUGGGUUAAAUUCUGGAUUCAUAGCCAAUCUAUGUGUGAAAAUAAUCUCUCAUGCUGCUUGAACUACUUUUUCACAAUUUGAGUCUGAUUAAUCCUGGCAUUGUGAUCUUGGAAUAUGCCCCCGACAUCAGGGAAGAAAAAAUAUCCAUUGAUGAGAGAACCUGGUCAUUCAGUAUAUCCAUGUAGUCAGCUGAUCUCAUUCUUUGGGCAAAUAACUUUGCUGAACCAAGAUCUGACCAACCGCACCAACCCCAGAUCACAGCCCUGCCCCUACAGGCUUGUACAGCAGGAACUAGGGAUGAUGAGUGCAUCACUGCAUCCGCCUCUCAUCUUACCCUGAUGCAUCCAUCACUCUGGAACUCCGACCACAUGACCUUUUUCCAUUGCUCCACAGUCCAAUCUUUAAGCUUCCCAGCAAAUUGAAGCCCUUUUCCCCCAAUUAGCCUCACUGAUAGGUGGUUUUCUAAAGACUACAGAGCUGUUUAGUCCAAAUCCCUCUAGUUCACUACCCAUUGUGCAUGUGGAAAUGCUCUUACUUUUACUAUUAGUCAAAGCUGUGAGUUCUACCAAUAUUGUUUUGUUUAAAUUUGUUUUUACCAGACGAUGAUUAAAGAUUUUUUUUCUG